UCAGUGCUGUGGGCGGAGCCUCAGUGCUGUUUUCCAUCCUUUAAAACAUCAGUAAUUCUUUCAAACACAGAUUGGUUUUUGUGGUGGUUUUCAUCUACAGGGUCCGAUCUGAGCGGAGCUAGAACAGAACCAGAACCCAAAAGUUGAUUAUUUUACUGUAAAUAUUGAAGAUUCAACUCUGACUUUGAUCAAACGUAAAGGAAACUUGUCUCCGCCCACAGCAGCUGCAUCAUGGGUAAUUUAGUGUUUAGAGCAAAACAGCAAAGUCCAGUUUAGGAAACAUCCUCAUGAACGAUAGCAGCUCCGCCCCUUUAGGUCUGAACUGUUCGCCAUAGUUCCAUAUUCAGGAACCAACGGGUGACGAUGCACUUCCUCAUUCAGCGACUGUAUACGUCUGAAAUAAAAGGAAGGAAGAGGAACUGUGUUCAGAAAGACGACGACCAGCAUCAGAACAACAUGAAGAACCCAUCUGUUCUGUUGGGUGUCUGUGUCCUGCUGCUGUCUGGACUGAAUGUUUCUUCAGUCUCUGUGGACAUCUAUCCAAACCUUCAGCAGUUCUUCAGUCGACAAGACAGUUUCUCUGUGAGUUGUGCAGAUGUUCAGACAGAUGGAUGGACAGUGAAGAGGAGACAGACGGACGGAAACACUCAGACAUGUGGAGACGGAGAGGGGACGUUUGGACGGAUAGAUGAGUCAUUCUGUGUCAUCAACUUUCCCCUGUCAUCGUCCAGUGGAGUUUACUGGUGUGAGACCAGUUCAGGACAGCAGAGUGAGCAGGUGUCCAUCACUGUAACAGAUGGUGAUGUAAUCUUGGACAUCCCUGCACUUCCUGUGGAGACAGGAAGUGAUGUCACUCUGCGCUGUAGAGUCAGAGGUGGUUCAACAGUGGAACCAAAAUUACUAAAAAACCUUCAGACAGUCCCAUCUGUAGAAGAGUGGACCAUCUCUGUAGACCACCACGUCUGGUGCAGACCAGUACUCCUGUUUUGUUCCACUGAUUGGUAUAUCUCCACAGAGCAGCCUGAGGGUCAAAGUUUCCACUACCACUGAUCCUACAACUGCAUCCUCUGAUCCUAGUUCGUCUUCAGAUCCUGGUUCCUCCACAGAUUCACAUUCUCCUCCUGGUUCUUCAGUGUCCAUCGUGUUCCUGUUCCUCCGCCUGCUGGUCAUGAGUCCAUACUGUGUCUCCACUGUCCUGAUGGUGUCGAUCUAUCGUAAAAGGAACACAGGAGGAAGAGCAGCCGUCGCCAUGGAGACCAGGCAGCGGCGCGUCAGAGACGAAGAGUACGAAAACAUGGCUGCAGGCGUCGCCAUGGAGACCAGGCAGCGGCGCGUCAGAGACGAAGAGUACGACGACAUGGCUGCAGGCGUCGCCAUUGAACACGACUUCUGAAGAGAUGAGUCGACUUGGACACGAAAUCUGUUUUUAUUUGUAAUUUUACACUUUUCAUCUGAAACACAAACUGAAAAACAAGAGUUUUUUCUUUUGUAUAAAUAAUGUGAUUUCCAAAGUGAACAGAAUUAGUUUGUACAUAAAUGUUUCUUAAACUCUUUCCUAUUUUU